AUGGUGCACGACCACGACAUGUUGCCAAAGACUCUGCGACUUCGACGUAGCACAGACACCGACUUCUUCACGAUUCCCGAGCCUGCGUCUCGGACAUUCCCUCUUGGCUCUGGCGAUGUUUCAGUGGCCCACGAGGUUCUUCCCAGCUCCUCUGACUCCCUUCAAGUCGCUGCCUGUCGUGCCAGCGAAGGAGAAGGGAUCACCCCCGAAGACAAAGCCAGAAACGCGGAUUCCAAGUGUAUCCAGUGUCCACGCUCAAAGGAGGCGCCUCCAGCGAGGCAAAAGGGGGACUUUCAUGGGACGCUGCUUUGUGCUCUGCACUCGCUGGAGGCAAGUGCCACAAAUCAAGGCCCAGGCGGAUCUCAGCCAUCUGGUGCCUGCCCCGGCUGCCUGCUAGGGACCUCUGGCGUCACUCUUCGCAAACGCCACCGCUGCAGCGCAUGCCCGGUCCUGUUUGCGAAUUUCGGCAGAGCUCCGGCGAAAACCAGCCAUGCCAUGUUCAAGGCAAGCGCGCAGCAGCAGGCGGUCGGGAAGAAGGGAGAGAAGGCUGGGAACAUGGCUCUUCUCCCCAUCUCCUCCUCUCUCUACGCUCUCUUCGUGCCUCCGCACUUCCGUCACUUCCCCUUCUCUCUCAGCCAUCUCUGCCGCAUCUGCCCCUUGUGCUCUGGCCAGGGCAAGGGUAAGCACAUCGAGGAAGGUGAGCACCCGCAGGGCAACUCCAAGAAAGGGCGGGGUAAGGCCAAGGAGAAGCAGGAGGCCGAUGCGAACGGCUGGGUCUGGUCCGCCGAGCAUGGAUGGAGCAAUGAUAAGUGGUGGGAUUGGUCCUGGAACGGCCACGGCUGGUCCGAGAACGGAGACGGCUGGGAGAACGGCAAGCAAGCAGGCGACUGGUCCGGAGACGCAGCACAGAAUGCGCCUCACAAGGACAAGGGAGAGAAGGUCACCGCAGUCCAG